AUGGGGUGUGUUGCUUCAAGACUAGAGGAAGAAGAAGAAGUGGUAGGUAUUUGUAGAGAGAGAAAACGUCAGCUGAAGUUAGCUGUAGAGAGAAGAUAUGCACUUGCUGAGGCUCAUUGUAAGUAUUUUCACUCUUUGAAUGCAGUAGCUGCAGCUAUUAAGCUUUUUGUUGCAAGACAUUCUUCACCUUCUUCACCUUUCCUUAUAACUUUCCCUCCUAAGGAGGGUUUUGAUCCUUCUCCUUCACAUUCAUCAAGUGAAAAUGUUAUAAAUAACCCUAUGUUCCUUCAGCAAACACCAUCUGAAACCAAGCAUGAAACUGUUGCUUGUGACUCAUGCAUUGCUUCAAGUUCAACUACCUCAGAGUGUUCUGAUGAAGAGGGAGAGGGAGAGGAAGAGGGAGAAGGUGGUGGAGAGGAGGUAAAUGAACAGCCAUGUGAGUAUUAUUACAUGCAAAUGCCUAUGCAUAUGUCUAUGCCUGUGCCACCUUCAAUGCCAUCUCCGCAUAGAGAUUUUGGUUGGGAUUUCUUUUACCCUUUUGACAGUAUGAGGCCAGAGGUUAUGAAUGGCUAUCAUCGGAACUCGGACGAUGAUUUGAGAGCGGUGAGGGAAGAAGAAGGGAUUCCGGAGUUAGAGGAAGAAGUGGAAAGGCAAGAAGAGGUUGAGCAUAAGGUGGUAGUGAGUGUUGAGGAGAAGAGUAAUGAAGGUGGAGGGAAAGUUAUGAGUGGCAUUGAGACGGCGAAAACGAAGACGGCGGUGCAUGUGGCUAGUGAAAAUAUUGUUGAACAAAAGGGGCUUGCAGUUCUUGAUACACCCGCUGAAGGGAGAGAGUUGCUUGAAGCUUUGAAAGAUAUUGAGGAUUAUUUCAUUAGGGCUUAUGAGUCUGGUAAGGGUGUGACAAAGAUGCUUGAGGCUAAUAGGAUUCCCCUUCAUUCUAGUUUGGAUGAAAUCAAAGAAAGUUCGACGAAACUUAUUAAUGCGAUAACUUGGAAGUCCAUGUCUUCUAGGCAAUCAUCAUGCAAGAGUUUGGUGGUUCAAAAUAUGAAAGAUUCUUCAAGUUGGGUGGAAUAUAAGAAUGAUCUAUUUGAUGAUUAUGGAGGAAUGGAUUCAGGAAGUCAUUUAUUAACCUUAGGAAGGUUAUAUGCAUGGGAAAAGAAACUGUUUGAAGAGGUUAAGGCCGGAGACAGCACGCGGAAAAAUUAUGAGAAGAAAUGUGCGCAAUUGAGAAAUAAGAAUGUCAGAGGAGAUGAUGAAUUAAGCAUGGACAAGACUAGAUCUGAUUUGAAAGAUCUAUAUGCUGGAAUCUUGGUUGCAAUUCGACGCGCAGAGUCGAUCUCGAAGAGAAUUCAGAAAAUGAGAGAUGAGGAAUUACAGCCUCAAGUUGUUGAACUAUUGAAAGGCCUGACACAAUCGUGGAAAAUCAUGUUGGAGUCCCAUGAAACACAGAAGAAGAUUCUUUCUGAAGUCAAGUACUUCACAUGUCCAGCGUACGGUAAAUUUUGCAACCAAUCUCGCGGAUUGGCAACUCUCCAGCUCGAAGCCGAGCUUCACCAUUGGCGCAUGUGUUUUAGAGAGUAUACUGCAGCUCAAAAAGCUUACGUAGAAGCACUGCAUGGAUGGUUAAGUAAGUUCAUAGUUCCUGAAGUUGAAUUUUGCUCGAGAAGCAGAAAUGUUGACAUGCCAAUGCCAUUUCAAGUCAACGGUCCACCAUUGCUCGUGAUAUGCAACGAGUGGUUAACUUCCCUACGAAAAUUACCUGAUAAGACGGUAGUAUUUGCGUUGAAAAGCGUUGUGAAAGAUGUGAAAGCCCUUUGGAUUCAACAAUGUAAAGAGCAACAUCAGAAGAGGAGAGUAGAUAGCUUAACAAAAGAUUUAGAUCGAAGAUAUUUAGGUUCGUAUAAACUGAAGACUAAGAUGCUUGAGUUGCAAGUAACAGAACAUAGAUCAGAAGAGGAAACGGUUUGUGAAGAGGAAUGCAUGAUAGAGAAAAGUGAUUACUUGGAGACACUAAGUAGAAAACUCGAGGCAGAGAAGGAGAAGCAUUACAAUUGCAUGCAAGAAACUCAGAGGAUGACAUUGAAUGGAAUGCAAUUUGGAUUUUCUCGAGUUCUAGAAUCUUUGACAGAGUUCUCUAAAGCAUCACAGAAAAUGUACAAUGAUCUUGUGACUUUCAGUGAAAAUAGUGAGAAAGCCGAGAAUGUUUCGUAUAUAGAAGAUGGUUGCAAUGUGGAAAACUGCAGCAACCAAAAUGGACAAUAG